AUGCCUAAGAAUAAGGGAAAGGGUGGUAAGAACAGACGUCGUGGAAAGAACGAAAACGACAACGAGAAGCGCGAGCUCAUCUUCAAGGAGGAUGGCCAGGAAUACGCCCAGGUCGUGAAAAUGCUGGGCAACGGACGCCUCGAGGCUCAGUGUUUUGAUGGCGAGAAGCGCUUGGCGCACAUCCGAGGAAAACUGCGCAAGAAGGUGUGGAUCAACCAGGGCGACAUCAUCCUGCUCUCGCUUCGCGACUAUCAAGACGAAAAAGGCGAUGUCAUCAUGAAAUACAACGCCGAUGAGGCCCGUAGUCUCAAGGCCUACGGCGAGUUGCCGGAGACAGCCAAGAUCAACGAGACCGACACCUACGGCCACGAGGGCUUCGAGGACAACGUCGAGUUCGACGAGGACCGCGACAGCAGCGACGACAAGGAGAUCGACGUCGACGAGAUCUAA